AUUAACCAUCAAAUUCCUAACAGAGAGUCGGCUAGUUUUCGUUUCCACGUUCAUUAGCACAUUGAAAAAGAAAAAGGAAAAAAACAACGUCAUUCGCGUGUGUGUGUACUCUACAAAAAUUAAUAAUAAUUAUAAAAGCGCGUGCUACACAGAUGCAAUCCAGACCCACCGAUUACGCUCUCACCAACCGCCAUUGAUUCCCUCACACGAUCACUCAAAACUCGACUCUCUGCUACAAAAUUUCUUCAUCCUUCACACCAUCAAACCAGAUUUCAUUUCGGUUCCUUCACACAGAAUGUCGUCGGUGCUGAAGCUCGCCUCAUCGCAGGACGACCGAGAAGGAGGAGGAGGAGGAGGAGGAAUCGAGAUUCCGGAGAAGAGUAUUCUUCUUCCUCGUGAAGCGUUUCUCUCUGCAGCCGUCUCUUUGAAGAAUCAGGUUGUGGAUGUUACUUGGAACCGGAGACGUAACGAGGAGAUUGGCGUUGAUCCGACGGUGUACAGCGGCCUCCUUGGGACGGCGGUAACCUGCCUGAGAUCGUACAAGGCCACCGGGAACCACCAGGACUUGUUGUUGUGCUCUGAUAUCGUCGACAAAUGUACGGUUGCAGCACGUGCCUCUCACAGGCACUUGACAUUUCUGUGUGGUAGAGGAGGAGUUUAUGCUAUUGGCGCCGUAGUAUCUCAUUACAUGGGGGACCCUCAAAAACUUGACUUCUUCUUCAAUCUUUUUCUCCAGGCGGCACAAGAGAAAGCACUCCCUAUUGGACCUGAAGAAGGAGGUUUUGGAAUGUCAUAUGAUCUCAUGUAUGGGCGAGCUGGGUUCUUAUGGGCUGCCUUAUUCAUUAAUAAGCAUCUUGGAGAGCAGAGGUUACCCCAUGAUCUUCUCAUGUCUGUAGUUGAUGCUGUUUUAGCGGGUGGCAGGGCAGGCGCAUCCGACAACCCGGACUGCCCUCUGAUGUACAGAUGGCAUGGGACAAGAUAUUAUGGUGCAGCCAAUGGCCUCGCCGGUAUCUUGCAAGUACUUCUGCAUUUCCCACUUUCAAAAGAGGAUGCUGAUGAUGUUAAGGGGACGUUGAGAUAUUUGAUGAGCAAAAGGUUUCCACACAGCGGUAACUAUCCCUCAAGUGAAGGGAACGCAAGGGACAAAUUAGUCCAGUGGUCUCAUGGGGCAACUGGCAUGGGCAUUACCCUCUGCAAGGCUUCACAGGUUUUCCACGAAGACAGGGAGUUCAGGGAUGCUGCAAUUGAAGCAGGGGAAGUAGUAUGGAAAAAUGGAUUGGUCAAGGAAGUUGGACUUGCUGACGGUGUCACUGGCAAUGCAUACGCCUUCCUUUCCCUUUAUCGCCUUACCGGAGAGACUGUCUACGAAGAAAGAGCCAGAGCGUUUGGAACCUACUUGUAUCAUAGUGCUAGCAAGCUUGUUGCUGCCCGAAACCAGGUUGAAGGUGACCGUCUUUACUCUCUUUUCCAUGGGCUUGCUGGAACUGCUUGCCUUUGGUUCGAUCUGCUUGAACCUGAGAAGUCAAGAUUCCCAGGUUAUGAAUUCUAGUUUAAGCUGAACUCAUACGCGUAAGGUAAGCAAAAGCAUCCCCCUUCGAGUAUAAAAUUGUGUAUAUUAUGUCACUGAUGUCUUUAAUGUUUUGGUGUGGUGGACUAGACAGUUUUAAGCAUAAAAUGUCUUACCAAGAGCAACAAAGUUAAUAACCAAUUUUACAAUGUGUAAGAUGUGUUAUGGCAACACACCAAUUGAAGUUGUAGAAUUGAGUUUUCAAGUGUGAAAACAAUUCAAGCCAGGGUUGUUGAUUUCUUCGCCUCAAAGUUUGGAAUGUCUUUUUAAGUGCAUGAUUCUUUUA